AUGACUCCUCCUUGCGAUAUCAACCCCAACUUCUUAAACGAUAUAUUCCACUUCUUCUUCAAAUCAUGUCUUUCCCGAACCAAAUAUCGACCCCCAUCACCCGACCCCGAAGCGCAAGAAGGUGAAUUAGAGACUUUGCUUAUCGGAUCAAAUGAAGGAUGGGACGACUCAGAUGCAGCCUUUUCACAAACACCGAGAAUAGUUAAAGAACGUCAAGCGAAAGGAUUGAAACCUACAAAACCGAUGAAAAACCCUUUUACCCGAGGUGAUCUUCCACCAUCUUAUGAAUCACAUCUCAACCCACCAUCUUCUCCCGGUCCAUCGACUUACUCCCGAAGGUCAAGACCCAUAUCGGGAUACUCAGAAUUUGAACAUGAGAUAGACGAAGACGCUAGAUCGUUAUCGAUAAACCCAACGAAACUUGCCGAGAUGGCUAGACAGUUUGAACCGGCUUUGACGUUGGAUGAUAUUAGGCGAGAAGAGGAGGAACAAGCGAAACGGGAGAGGAUACCUGGACCUUCAAGUGGUGUAGAUGGACAUGAAGAGGAGUUUGGUGAUUUCGAAGAAGCAGCGAGAGGAAACGAAGAAGAAGUGGAUAAACCGUCUACACUUGUCGAAAAUAGUCAACAGUAG